AGGAAUUAAUUACAUUGUAAUUUAUUAAUGCAACAUUUCAAUUGGCUGGCUGGCUGGAUUUGUGAUAAGCUGAGCCGCAUUAAGUCAAGCAGUGGCACCAUUGCACCUGUUAUAAGAGUUUGUCAUCAUCAACUGGCAUUUUAUAAAUAUGCCAGAUAUCUCAAGUGAGAUUAUUCUUUUAGGGAUAGUAUAGCUGCCUAACUGCGUCAGUUCAGGCGAACGUUGAAGGUAUGCACUCCCUCACCGCUGGGGAAGGACCAUAAUAGCAGUCGCCUCUGAAUGUCACCGGUAAGUGUCUAAACAUUUCCCGGGGAUGGAUUCCGGGGACGACUCGGGCUCGGACCCGCCACUUGGAUCCACAUUCUCCUCGGUGCCCAAUUUAGACUCUGAUACCAAUGCCCGGAGGCCUAUCUAUGAGAAUGGUGGAGAGCGGAAUGUCAACAUUGAAACUGCAGCGCUGCGUGGGGCAAGCGACCCGAGCGCGUUUCCCUUAUCGGAUUACCGGGGACUCGUCCGCCAGAGGUUCAUUCGCAGAAGUUUGUGGUUUUCGGACGUGGACGACCAAGCGUUGGACGCGCCAGAAUGCGCUAACAGUACUCCAGUGCUCAGCUUCCACCUGCGCACCAUCGUGGACCGAACCCGCGCGCUCGGACCACGCGUGGCUUUCCAGGCCCAGGAGAGCUCGAGCACCGAGAGCCAAGUGGGGCAGAAGGACAGCGCGACUGAGAGCGUGAGCGCGGAAGAGGAGAAGGAGAGGAGCGAGGCCGAGCCAAAACCAGAUGAUGCAGCAGCACGGUCGCCCGAUACCACUGGGAAAGCGGGGAGUGAUGAGAACGAGGAUGAGAACGAGAUGAAAGCCGUGUCCACCUCACCCGGGGGCCGGUUUCUCAAGUUCGAUACUGAGCUCGGGAGAGGGUCCUUCAAGACUGUCUACAAAGGUCUGGACACAGACACCUGGGUAGAAGUCGCUUGGUGUGAACUUCAGGACCGUAAACUGACUAAAGCGGAGCGUCAGAGAUUUAAGGAGGAGGCAGAGAUGUUGAAGGGUCUCCAGCACCCCAACAUUGUGCGUUUCUAUGACUUCUGGGAGUCACCGGUCAAAGGGAAGAAGUGCAUCGUUCUUGUGACAGAGCUCAUGACCUCAGGGACACUAAAAACGUAUCUGAAGCGUUUUAAGGUGAUGAAGCCCAAGGUUCUGAGGAGCUGGUGUCGACAGAUCCUGAAGGGCCUCCACUUCCUCCACACCAGGACCCCUCCCAUCAUCCACAGGGACCUGAAGUGUGACAACAUCUUCAUCACCGGCCCCACCGGCUCCGUCAAGAUUGGAGACCUGGGAUUGGCUACGCUCAAGAGGGCGUCCUUCGCCAAGAGUGUCAUCGGCACCCCAGAGUUCAUGGCCCCUGAGAUGUAUGAGGAGCACUAUGAUGAGGCGGUGGACGUCUAUGCCUUUGGGAUGUGUAUGUUGGAGAUGGCCACCUCAGAAUACCCGUACUCCGAGUGCCAGAACGCUGCUCAGAUCUACCGCAAAGUCACCAGCGGGGUGAAGCCUGCCAGCUAUGAUAAGAUCAGUGACCCAGAGAUUAAGGAGAUCAUCGGGGAGUGUAUCUGCCAUCGGCGGGAAGAGAGGUACACCAUAAAGGACCUCUUGAACCAUGCCUUCUUUGCGGAGGACACGGGCGUGAGGGUGGAGCUGGCCGAGGAGGAUGAUGGGAAAAAGAGUUCCAUCGCCCUCAAGGUGUGGGUGGAGGACCCCAAGAAGCUGAAGGGGAAGUACAAGGACAGCGGGGCCAUUGAGUUCACCUUUGACCUGGAGAAAGAGACCCCAGAGGGUGUGGCCCAGGAGAUGGUGGAGUCAGGUUUCUUCCUGGACAGCGAUGUGAAGAUAGUAGGAAAGUCCAUCAAGGACCGAGUGGCUCUAAUCAAAUGGAGGAGGGAGCGGACCGUCCCUGCAGUCGAGACCCAGACCCAGAAACUGCUACAGGUGCCCAGCAUGGGGGUACCACCACAGGGGGCUCCACUGGCCCCAGCAGAGUCAGAGGAGGAAGAAGGUGACCAGCCCCUUCUCCUGCUCUGCAGCCUGCCGGCCCACACCACCUCGGCCACAUACAGUCAGCACAGUGCCCUCUACCAGCCCCUCCCAGAGCCCAUAUCUACACCCCAGGUCUACAGCCCCCCUGUGCAGUCCCAGGCCCAGCUGCACCAGGGGGCCUACCAGCAAGCCACCACUCAGCUGCACCAGGGGGCCUACCAGCAACCUACAGCACAGCUGCACCAGGGGGCCUACCAGCAACCUACAGCACAGCUGCACCAGGGGGCCUACCAGCAACCUACAGCACAGCUGCACCAGGGGGCCUACCAGGCUCCUACUCCCAGUGCAGGGUUGAUCCAGCCCCAGCCUGUCUCUGCUCCAGCCACCCCAGGGCCUACAGUACAUCAGAGCAGACCAGCUGCAACACAGAGCUUCCCAGCUGCUGCCCCUGUCCCCACUGUACAGGCAAAGACACAGCUCAUUGCUUCUGCCCAGCCCAACCAGGAGUUGUCUGUCAGUCAGCCUCUACCUGAGCAGUGCUCUGACAUCACCACCAGUCUUGUCCAAUCAGCUGCCUCCCUGGUCAGCAGUGCUCCUCCCCCUCAACAGCAGCCUGCCCAAGCCACACCCCCUCUCCAGCCACUGCAGCUCAACAGACAGCUUCCCUCCUCGCCAUACCCUGCCAUGGGAGGGACCCCAGGCGGAUGCGAGCCCGUCCUCUACUCCCCAGCUCCUCUGUGCCCCUUCUACCCCCACAGGAUUGACCUCCCUGUACCUGGUUCCCCCAGCCCCUAUUACUCUCCUGUGCCCUCCCUGACCACCGUUGGCACCCCCCAGACCCCAGUGUCCCUGGCCCAACCACCCCAGCAGACGCUAGGCAUGGCAGUACCCGUCCCCCUGCUUGCCAUGACCCUGCCCCCUAGGAUGCCCCAACAGCAGCCCUGGCAUCAGCAGGUCUAUCCUGCCACCCCUCAGCAAGACCUCCCCCCUCUCCAACCCUCUCACCCCCUGCCCCUCUCCCAGGUACAACCUACAGCCCCCCCUGCCCCCCUCCCUGAGAAACACGUGGCAGAUCAACCUCUCCAGAUCCAGUCUGGUGCCCCUCAGGACCCCCAGGGAGAGGCUCCGGUGUCAGCCCUGGCCGCGCUCCACCCCGUCCAGCCUGCCGUCCUGUUCCCUCCCUGGAGGGGGGAGGUGGUGGACCCCAACCCUGUUGCUGCAGCCGGGUCCGAUCAGACACUCCCUGAGAACCCAGCCCCGGCCCCACCCCUGGCUUCGGCCCCGACUCUGGCUGGAGCCCUGCAGCCGCAAGGCACCCAGAAAGCAGCCCCAGUGCCUGACGGUGCCAGCCUGCCCACGACUCAGCAGAACCUGGACACUGCGUCCAUAUCUACCUCUUCCCAACCUGAGGCCAGCCAAGAGGAGCCAGUGCAAGAGAAACCCAUGGCGUUUCACAGUCAUGCAGGCUAUGACAGCUUCAACUCAGAUGUGGCGUCGGGUAAGGAGAUGAGUGAUGGCUACGAUGGCUUGUCCAGCAGCGGGAAGGGGGACGGGAAGCCCCGGAAACACCACCGCAAGUCGACCCGCACACGCUCACGCCAGGAGAAGACCAACAAGCCCAAACUGAGCAUGCUCAAUGUGAGCAACACGGGCAAUAAGAUGGUGGAGUGCCAGCUGGAGACCCACAACCACAAAAUGGUGACCUUCAAGUUUGACCUGGACGGAGAUGCUCCAGAAGAAAUCGCUAUUUACAUGGCAGAGAAUGGCUUCAUCCUGCCCAUAGAGAAGGAGAUGUUCAUUGAUCAGUUGAAGGACAUCGUGGACAAGGCUGAAGAUAUGCUGAGUGAGGAGAUGGAGGGAGAGACGUACUCCGCUCUGGGGGGCAGUCCCCAACUAGGACACACCUCUUGGGGGCCGGGGGGAGAGAGUCAGCAGCCUGGAGCACCCCAGCCUGUUUAUCAGCAGAAUGUGCUCCACACAGGGAAGAGAUGGUUCAUCAUCUGCCCAGUGCAGGAGACUCCCACCUCCAGCCAGGAUGGGACCACAAACAUGUCUGCCGAUGGGACUACAACUACUCAACAUGAUGGGACUACAACUGCACAGCCUGAUGGGAGUGCGGUGUCAGGCAAGUCUGCUGAUGGUGGCACUGCUUCAGGCAGAGGUGACAUUGUUUCCAUUAACGGUCUUUGGAUGUGGGCCUGUUGUACAAUUGUAGACAAACAGGAUAUUACUCUUGUAUUGUGUCUUCUUUUGGUUCCUCAUGCAGUAUCAGCGUCCUCCUCCAUAGCUAACUCUGUGUCUGGGGGAAGUGGAGGCUUCAACUAUGAGGGCUAUGGCCUCUGUAGCCCUCCCAUCCUGUCCUCCACAGACCCUCUCCUCCUGGCUAUGUCCCAUGUCCCAGCUCCCUCUGGCCCCCCAUCUGUUCACCCAGGCCAUCCUCCAGAAGCCCAGCCAGCCUUCGCUCCGCCAGCGGCCCCCUCUGGAGGUCUCCGUAGCUCUCUGCCUGGAGAGGAGCACCAGGUGGGAGGGCGUCUUGGUGCCGUCCAGCAGAUGGCAGAGAUGGCAUGCGCUGCCUCCAUGGUGGAGGAGGUGCCCUGCUGCCCGCUGGCCAUGCCAAUGUCCCUGGACGUGAGUGGUGGAGCCCAGGGGAGCUCAGCUCCUCUAACCCCUCUGCCCCCCCAGGACUCCUCUCCCUCCUCAGCCAGAGAGUCCCUCUCCUACCCCUCCGUUGCCCACUGCGACCGCUCCCAGCCGUCUGUGGUUGUCCAGCAGCCCUUCUCCUCCAUGGGCGGAGCAAAGGCCCCCUCGCUGCCCCAGAGCCCUGCCACCCACCAGCACACGGCAGGGGGGCCCAGUGAGUCGGACGGGGAGGGGCGAGGGGUGGGGGUUCGAGGGGGCUUUGUGGACAGCACCAUCAAGACUCUGGACGAGAAGCUGAGGAACCUGCUGUACCAGGAGUACGCCCCCAUGUACCCAUCAGGCAGUGCUGCGGAGACGCCUGGCUCGGGGACGGAGUACGUCCAAUCCCCUCCUGGGCCAGACAGCGCAACCUUGGGUUCAGGAAGCAGCACCCCCGGACCUAUGGGGGAGGGGCGCUACCGGACAGGGGAACAGCUGCCUCAGAUUCCAGAGAGGAUGGACAGUUUGAGCACGUUGAGUGAUUCUGCGGUGUGUGCCCCCGUGUCUAGGAGACAAAACAUACCCCACUCUACCUCCUGCUCUGGCUCUGGAUCCAGAGGCCGGUUUAAGAUGAUCACAGGCCUUCCUGACAUGGUGACGCAAGGAGAGCGGAAACAGAGGAGGUGGAGCAGCGCUGCCUCCCCGGCGCACCCUGCUGGCCAUCUCUCAGACCACCGUAGUGGUGCCGGGGCCAUGGCCAUGGCCCCCUCCACCAUUAUCGGACGUUUCUCGGUGGUCAGCACCGAGGACGACGUCACCCUGAGUACCUGCGGCAGUCGCUACUCUGCCCCGCCAGACUUCUACCUGGAUACACCCCCCGCCAUGGCCAAACGGGGGUCGUUGCCACGCGCCUCCACGUCCACCUCCGUGUCUGUUGAUGUUACGGUCCACGCUCACGCGCGCUUCCUGUCCUCAGACUCGGGGGCGGAGAGUAGUCCGGCCAAGCUGGCCCCGGACACGCCAUCACGCCACGGCCGCUCAGGGGAGCGUAGAGGAAGUGACCUCAUGAAGAGGGCGGUGGCUUUCCUGCGUCGUUCAGGCCGUAGUAGUAGUGUGCAGAGCUCUGAUUCGCUGAGCCGGCAGGGGUGCGUGCAUGGCUCGGCCUAUGUCAGCAGUGAUAAUGACUCUGAGAUGGAGGACUCGGAUAUGAAGAGAGAGCUGACCAGACUCAGGGAGAAACAUUUAAAGGAGCUCUCGGAGCUGCAAGCCCACCACAGAGGGGAGAUAGAGCUGUUGUACCGCAGGCUGGGUAAAGCCACUCCACCCCCCCUGGGUCUCUCUCACACAGCUCCCCCCAAGCGAAGGAGCAAGCACAAGCACAAAAUGAAGGCUGGAAAACUCCUCAGUCCUCUGGUACAACAGCUGAGGCAUGUCACCACCAAAACCAGCGACCCCAGCAAAACCAGUGAGCCUACAGUCAGUCUGAACGGGUCUCCAGCCAAAGCUCCUGUACAGUCAGACAGCAGAGCCCGUUCAGGUACCAGUCCCUUGGAUACCGUCACCUCUACCUCUGAACCUGUCCAGACCAAGCAGCCCUGCUCCCUCAAGGGUUCCCUCUCUUCAGACAACAUAUACGCUGGAGCUGGACUACAAGGAGAGAGGACAGGACCACAAGCUUCACCAGGCCAAGGCUGGCCAUCUUACCCUCCACCGCCAGAGAGAGUGACCUAUAAAUCCAGUAGCAAACCACGCGCUAGAUUCCUCAGUGGGCCUGUGUCUCUGUCUAUCUGGUCAACUCUGAAACGACUCUGCCUUGGUAAAGAGCGUGGAAGGGGGACUGUAGCAGACCCAGGCCCAGGCCCAGGUGCAUCUACCCAGCUGCCCCAACAACAGACAGCCAGCUCCACCCCUCCUCCCCGCCAGCCAAUAGCAGGGUUGGCCCAAGCCCAGGCCAACAACAGCAACAACAAGACAGACACCUACACCGGCACCUACAUGGGCUCCUACGCAGGGUCCUUCACAGACGCCCUUCACAGGAUAGUGGAUGAUUGGACCAUGGAGGCCCUGUGUGUCUCCCGGCGCCCGCGGACCAGCUCCCUCAGCCUCAGUGGGCAACCACUUUGGAACGAGGACCCCGGGGGGCCCAGAAUAAGAGACAGACUGUUCAGCGCUCCAGAUGCACCUGCCAGGACAGCCCUUGGCUCUGAAGGCCCCCAGCUCCCCCUGUCAUGGCCGAUGAUUGACAACCAGGCCCUGGGCUCAGUGAUGAGGACCAGCUCCCCGGGACAGGCAGGGUUCCAUCCUGGCUACAUGCUGGCCCAUUCAGGCACAGACCUGUUUGGGGGGCUGCUGCCCUCACCCCUCUCGCCCCUCUGUGUAAGCCAUUGGCCUGAGCUGCUGUGCCCCUUGGGUUCAGGGGUGGUUGCUUUACCUGCUGUGCCCCCAACCUGGGGCACCACCACCCCUGGUCCACCCUACGAGCCACCCGACCCCAAACCCAGGACCCUCUAACCCCUGUAGCAUCAUGUCUUCCAACUAUGUGACCAAAAUGAGUCAUAUGUAGUUAGAGCUCUAGUCUUCUCUACCCACAAUAUGUAAACUGUUUCUAUUUAACCAGCAUCUAUGUAUAUAAUACGCAUUUGUAUAUACACUGAGUGUACAAAACAUUAAAAACACCUUCCCAAUAUUUGCCCUCAGAACAGCCUCAA